CACUCUAUAAGAUUGUCGUAAAACUGUCAAAAUAAGCAGUCGACUCUGCUACUGUUUCACGUAAUCUAGCUCCUAUAGUGGCUUCAAUGGUGCUACGACCCGCGUGAUACAUAACAACGAUGACGACUGUCAGUCGCGAAAUACCAAUCCCCGACCAUUGAGAGAGAGCUUUCACGAAUUCGCGUGUGUAAACAUUUAGCACUAAGCGUUAUAUUAUACGUACUUCGCACACACCGGCUCCUAUACAGUAUACAUUAUUUGUAUUGUUAUUAUUUGCCCGCACUUUUUGCUGUCGGCUGUACAUACAGCAAGGCCUUGGACGAUGAGCAGUAGCUUCGCCAUAUCUCAAGUUGGCUUUCGUCUCAAAAAAUUUAUUGUUUAUAAUUUGUACAAGUGCAAAGAGUUAUGUAAAGCAACAAUGGCUGAACCUAUGGUGCAAAGUAAAGACCACAUCAUAUGGAUUGAUCUUGAGAUGACUGGUCUCAAUCUCAUUGAAGAUAGGAUUUUAGAAGUUGCCAGUGUAAUAACUGAUAAAAAUUUGAACAUUAUUAGUGAUUCAUUUGAAGUUGUUAUAAAUCAGCCCAAAGCUAUUUUAGAUGGCAUGAUUCCUUGGUGUCAGGAACAACAUACAAAAACUGGAUUGAUUGAUGAAUCACUUAAAUCAGUUUUUGAUGAAGAGAUGGCAGAAGAAGCUUUAAUAAAAUUCUUCAAGCGAUACGUACCUUCUAAUUCAUGUCCAUUAGCAGGUAAUUGCUUGUAUAUGGACAGAGCUUUCCUUCAAAGAUAUAUGCCAAGAGCUUUUGAUUACUUAGGAAAAGAUGUUAUUGAUGUUGCAUCUAUUAACGAAUUAGCCAAACGAUGGAACAAAAAAGUUGAGAAGAAAAAAAAAAGAAAAACAGGUGAUCAUAGAGCACUAGGCGACAUUAAGGAUAGCAUUGAAGAACUUGAAUACUAUAAAAAAAAUUUUUUUAACUGACUUGAAAUGAUCAGUUUAUAAAUAGUUUUGUACAAAAAAAAUUG